ACACUUCUCUCUUUCUCUCUCGCACGGUACUCCAUCACCCUCACUGUAAAGGCUUGCCUCAUGCUUCCAUCAUCUGUCAAUUUCCCCCUGUUUUCUUUUUAUAAUUUUCACUUUCUUACAGGACCAGCUAUAGCUAAAGCAACCCCUCUCUCUCCCACUGUAAAAAACAUGAAGGAGAGAGAGAGAGAACAAGAACAGAGAGAGACAUAUGAGUGUGGACAAUGCAGCCGUUGAAGAAGAAAUGAGUGUGAGAUAACAAAGAAUUGUUUAUACUUUGUAAGAGAAUAUCUGAGAGUUUGUGUGUGUGGGAUAAGAAAAAAAUGACGCAAGAUUGCGAGGAGAUAAAGACGAUAGAGCAAUGGAGGUGGUCUGAGCUGCAAGGCCUUGAACUUGUUGUCUCGUCGAACUCGGAGAACUCAGAAGAGAACAGCAACUCCUCGUCUGUUAAACCCCACGACAACAUUAAGGGCAAAGAUGCUUCAGCUGCACAAGAAGAAGAUUCUGUGGAGAGAAGAAAAACAGAAGCGGCAAUGGAAGUUUCCACCUCUGGGGAGAAGAAGGAUGGCGGCGGUGAACCGGAGAAGCCUGGUUCUCAGCCGCCUUCCGUUGGGUUUGGUGAGCUGUUCCGGUUUGCUGAUGGGCUGGAUUAUGUUCUUAUGACUAUUGGUACAGUUGGUGCUGUUGUUCAUGGCAGCUCAUUGCCUUUGUUCCUUCGGUUCUUUGCUGAUCUUGUUAAUUCUUUUGGCUCCAAUGCGAAUAAUGUUGAUAAGAUGACACAAGAAGUUCUCAAGUAUGCGUUUUACUUUCUUAUAGUGGGAGCUGCGAUAUGGGCGUCUUCAUGGGCAGAGAUAUCAUGUUGGAUGUGGACUGGGGAGAGGCAAUCAACAAAGAUGAGGAUCAAGUACUUGGAGGCUGCUUUGAACCAAGACAUUGAAUUCUUUGAUACAGAGGUUCGAACAUCAGAUGUGGUUUUCGCCAUCAACACUGAAGCAGUAAUGGUUCAGGAUGCAAUUAGUGAAAAGUUAGGAAAUUUCUUGCAUUAUAUGGCAACAUUUGUGUCCGGAUUUGUGGUGGGCUUUACUGCAGUGUGGCAACUAGCUUUGGUCACUCUUGCUGUGGUUCCUCUCAUAGCUGUGAUUGGAGCCAUUCACACAGUCACAUUGGCCAAGCUCUCUGGCAAGAGCCAAGAAGCUCUCUCACAGGCAGGAAAUAUUGCAGAACAGACAAUAGUCCAAAUUCGAACCGUCUUGGCAUUCGUCGGUGAAUCAAGAGCGUUACAAGCAUACUCUGCAGCCCUUAAGGUUGCUCAAAAGAUUGGUUACAGAAGUGGAUUUGCAAAGGGAAUGGGCCUUGGAGCUACAUAUUUUACUGUUUUUUGCUGCUAUGCUCUUCUGCUCUGGUAUGGAGGUUACAUGGUUAGGCACCAUUUCACCAACGGAGGACUGGCAAUAGCAACUAUGUUUGCAGUCAUGAUUGGUGGGCUGGCUUUGGGGCAAUCUGCUCCAAGUAUGGCUGCAUUUGCCAAGGCAAGAGUUGCAGCUGCUAAAAUCUUCCGCAUAAUUGAUCACAAGCCGGGUGUUGAGAGAAACAGGAAAUCGGGCUUGGAGUUAGAAUCCAUAACAGGUCAACUGGAGCUUAAAAAUGUGGAUUUUGCCUACCCUUCUAGGCCGGAAACUCGAGUACUCAACAACUUCUCUCUUACUGUUCCAGCCGGAAAGACUAUUGCCUUGGUAGGUAGUAGCGGCUCCGGAAAAAGCACAGUGGUAUCCCUCAUUGAGAGAUUCUAUGAUCCCCCUUCAGGACAAGUCUUGUUAGAUGGACAUGACAUAAAGACACUAAAGUUGAGAUGGCUGAGGCAGCAAAUUGGGCUGGUGAGCCAAGAACCGGCACUUUUUGCCACCACCAUCAAAGAAAACAUACUUUUGGGCAGGCCUGAUGCAAGUUUAAUUGAAAUUGAAGAGGCUUCAAGAGUCGCUAAUGCACAUUCUUUCAUUGUCAAGCUUCCGGAUGGCUAUGAUACGCAGGUUGGGGAGAGGGGAUUGCAACUAUCGGGUGGUCAGAAGCAGAGAAUAGCUAUAGCAAGGGCAAUGCUCAAGAACCCGGCAAUACUACUGUUGGACGAAGCAACAAGUGCACUUGAUUCUGAAUCAGAAAAGCUAGUGCAAGAAGCCCUCGAUCGUUUCAUGAUUGGAAGGACUACUCUGGUGAUUGCUCAUCGUCUCUCCACCAUUCGAAAAGCUGACCUCGUGGCUGUUCUGCAGCAGGGUAGCGUGUCCGAAAUCGGAACCCAUGAUGAGCUCAUUGCCAAAGGAGAAAACGGUUUCUAUGCCAAGCUCAUCAGAAUGCAGGAAGCAGCUCAUGAAGCUUCCCUCAACAAUGCCAGAAAGAGCAGUGCAAGGCCUUCUAGUGCAAGAAACUCAGUAAGCUCGCCAAUAAUCACGAGAAACUCUUCCUAUGGUCGAUCGCCCUACUCAAGAAGAUUAUCCGACUUCUCCACCUCAGACUUCAGCCUCUCCAUGGAUGCUGCGUAUUCAAGUUAUCGGCUUGAGAAGCUUCCGUUCAAAGAGCAAGCCAGUUCUUUCUGGCGCCUAGCAAAGAUGAAUUCUCCUGAAUGGGCUUAUGCUUUGGUCGGCUCCGUAGGCUCUGUUAUUUGUGGCUCUCUUAGUGCAUUCUUCGCCUACGUGCUGAGUGCCGUUCUUAGUGUCUACUACAAUCCAGAUCAUGCUUACAUGAUCAGGGAAAUUGCAAAAUACUGCUAUCUUCUAAUUGGAGUUUCAUCCGCUGCCCUUAUUUUCAACACGUUACAGCAUUUCUUCUGGGAUGUCGUGGGAGAGAACUUGACGAAACGAGUCAGAGAGAAAAUGUUGGUGGCAGUGCUAAAAAAUGAAAUGGCUUGGUUUGACAGGGAAGAGAAUGAAAGCUCCAGAAUCGCAGCGCGGCUGGCUCUUGACGCAAAUAAUGUUAGGUCAGCAAUUGGAGACAGGAUUUCUGUUAUAAUGCAGAACUCAGCUCUUAUGCUAGUUGCAUGUACUGCUGGAUUUGUAUUGCAGUGGCGCCUCGCUCUUGUACUCAUUGCUGUCUUUCCUGUCGUCGUUGCAGCUACAGUCUUACAGAAAAUGUUCAUGAAUGGAUUCUCCGGAGACCUAGAAGCAGCACACUCAAAGGCCACACAGCUAGCAGGGGAAGCUGUAGCAAAUGUAAGAACUGUAGCAGCCUUCAAUUCCGAAUCCAAAAUAGUUGGCCUUUUCACCUCCAGCCUUCAACCUCCUCUCAGCCGCUGCUUCUGGAAGGGACAGAUAGCUGGAAGCGGAUACGGAAUAGCUCAAUUCUUGCUCUAUGGAUCCUAUGCUCUCGGCCUCUGGUAUGCCUCCUGGCUUGUCAAGCACGGAAUCUCUGACUUUUCCAAGACGAUUCGCGUUUUCAUGGUCCUUAUGGUCUCCGCCAAUGGGGCUGCUGAAACACUGACCCUUGCUCCGGACUUCAUCAAGGGCGGCCGUGCAAUGCGCUCUGUGUUUGAACUCCUCGACCGCAGAACUGAAAUCGAGCCCGAUGAUCCGGACGCUACAAUCAUUCCUGACCGCCUCCGUGGUGAAGUGGAAUUCAAGCAUGUCGAUUUCUCAUAUCCCACCAGGCCUGAUAUAGCAAUCUUCCGGGAUCUGAGCCUUCGCGCUCGAGCUGGGAAAACUCUUGCUCUCGUCGGACCUAGCGGCUGUGGCAAGAGUUCAGUCAUUUCACUCAUACAGAGGUUCUAUGAGCCAUCGUCAGGGCGUGUAAUCAUUGAUGGAAAGGAUAUCAGAAAAUACAAUCUGAAGUCACUGAGACGCCACAUUGCAGUGGUGCCACAAGAACCGUGCCUAUUCGCCACAACCAUCUAUGAAAACAUAGCCUAUGGGCAUGAGUCAGCUACUGAAUCCGAGAUAAUUGAAGCAGCAACAUUAGCAAACGCUCACAAGUUCAUAUCAUCAUUGCCUAACGGCUACAAAACAUUUGUUGGGGAGAGAGGAGUACAGUUAUCUGGAGGACAGAAGCAAAGAAUAGCCAUAGCUCGAGCUUUCUUGAGGAAAGCAGAGAUAAUGCUGCUAGACGAAGCCACAAGCGCGCUUGAUGCCGAGUCAGAAAGGUGCAUACAAGAAGCUCUGGACCGUGCUUGUGCUGGAAAAACAACGAUUCUCGUUGCACACAGGCUUUCGACCAUCAGAAACGCGCAUGUCAUUGCAGUUCUUGAUGAUGGCAAAGUAGCGGAACAAGGUUCUCAUUCUCAUUUACUAAAAAGUUAUCCUGAUGGGAUAUAUGCGCGCAUGAUACAGUUACAAAGAUUCUCGCAUGGGCAAGCUGUGAGCAUGGUGGCAUCUGCAGGUUCGAGUUCUUAGGGGCGGCAUCAGGAUCGGGAGGUGCAGUGAUGGUUAUGAAAGGUACAAGUAGAAAGGAUCAUAUCUUGAAUACCUCCCAAGUUGAUUUUGGAUCUCUUACAUUUUGUCAUAGCAUAGCAUGUGUAUUAAUAUCUAAAUUUUAUGAAUACAUAGCUGUUUCCUGUGCCUCAAAUCUGUUUAUGAAUCUACACUUCCAAUGCCAAAUAGCAUCCCCAUUUUUUCAGACU